AUGUCUUCAACACCAGUGACUCAGCAAUCUCGACCAUUAUCUACUGCUGAGACCUUUGUCCUGGGCGGACUUGCAGCUUGCAUCGCUGUCACAUUCUCCAACCCGGCCGAGGUGGCGAAAACGCGUCUGCAACUGCAGGGUGAGCUCGCAAGAGGAGGUGGAAAGAAAGUAUACCAUAGCGCGCUUGACGUGUUCGCGAAGACAUGGAGGAACGAGGGACUACGUGGCCUUCAAAGAGGUCUUCCCCCUGCUUAUGCGUACCAAAUACUGCUCAAUGGUUCUCGACUUGGAUUCUAUGAGCCGUUUCGGCACGCUCUCAAUCGUGCAAUUGGUCUGUCACCAUCUGACCAGUUCCCCAUCACUUCCGUCAUUGCUGGAGCAGCCAGUGGCGCUGUAGGAGCGUCCCUUGGAAACCCUUUGUUUUUGGUGAAGGCACGAAUGCAGGCCUAUUCCCCUGCACUUCCUGUUGGCACUCAACAUCAUUACAAAAACUCGUUCGACGCCCUCAGAACCAUAUACGGAAAGGAAAAAUUUCGUGGUCUGGUACGCGGAAUCGAUGCUGCCAUUUUACGGACAGCUAUGGGAUCUUCUGUACAACUCCCCACAUACAAUUGGACCAAGAAUCAGCUUGUCACACGAGGGAUUCUACCCGCAGACAGUAUACUGACUUACUUGGCCAGUAGCUCCGUAUCUGGUGCUUGUGUCCUCGUCAUGAUGCAACCAGCCGACACUGCCCUUACUCGAGUAUACAACCAACCAACACAGCGGUUGCCUAACGGUAGGAUUGUAGGCACCCUGUAUAGAAAUCCGAUAGACUGCCUUUGGAAGACGUUCAAGGCAGAGGGGCCUUUUGCGUGGUACAAAGGCUCCACAGCACAUUUCUUGCGUAUCGCGCCACAUACGAUAAUCACUCUUACUGCUAACGAUAUGCUCCUUAAUUUAUACAAGCAGAUGCAACACGGGACGGUUCAGUCCUAG